AAACGCGGGCUGGGGAUGCUGCGGAAGCGGAGAGACGCAGCGUUUCAUCGCCAACCUACUCGCCCUGUGUCUCUUGCAGGUUGUGAGCUAAAAGCAGAUAAGGACUUUCAUUUCAAGGUGGAUGAUGAGGAAAACGAACACCAGCUGUCACUGAGAACAGUUAGUUUGGGUGCUGGUGUCAAAGAUGAAUUGCAUGUCAUAGAAGCUGAGGCAUUGGACUAUGAAGGGAACCCUAUUAAGGUCACACUGGCAUCUUUGAAAAUGUCAGUACAGCCUACGGUUUCUUUAGGUGGCUUUGAGAUUACACCUCCAGUCGUUUUGAGGUUGAAAAGUGGUUCUGGGCCUGUUUAUGUCAGUGGCCAGCAUCUUGUAGCACUGGAGGAAGAACCAGAGUCAGAAGAUGAGGACGAUGAAGUUAAGAUAUUAAACACUUCAUCAAAGAGACCAGCAAGUGGAAUAGCAGCUAAAACGCCACAGAAAAAAGCAAAAUUGUCUGAAGAUGACGACGAUGACGAUGAAGAUGAUGAGGAUGAAGAUGAUGAAGAUGAUGAUGAUGAUGACUUAGAUGAAGAGGAAGAGAAGAUUCCAGUGAAAAAACCUGCCAAGGACUUGUCAGCAAAAAAUACUCCAAAAUCAAAGCAGAAUGGAAAAGAUUCUAAGCCGUCCACCCCAGCCCCUAAAUCAAAAACGCCAGCGUCUAAUAAAAAGGAAAAUAAACCACAAACUCCAAAAUCACCAAAAGUACCCCUUUCACUAGAGGAGAUUAAAGCAAAGAUGCAGGCAACCCUUGAAAAGGGUUCUGCCCUUCCUAAACUGGAAGCCAAAUUUGUCAACUAUGUUAAAAAUUGUUUCAGGACCCAGGACCAGAAGGUUAUUCAAGCUCUCUGGCAGUGGAGACAGACUCUGUAAGAAAGAAAACAGUUUAAACCGUUCAUUAAAAUCUGCAGUCUUAUUUCUGUAACCAUUAAUAUUUGGCUGUUCUUUUUAUAAAUGAUAA